UCUGAAUUCACGCUCUGACACCAAUUCCCUGGGGCUCACCCAGGCGAAUGUUCUACAAGGCUGGGAUAAUGUUAGAAACGACAAACUUCGCUAUCAUGAAAUAUCUGCAGUUCAACCAGAAACAAUGAAGAGGAGGAUGGCACAUAGGAAAUUACGCUCUAUUCAUAUAUUUAUGAUUACCAUCAACGCAACCCUAGGAACUGGGCUUUACUGGCGCGGCGGGCAGGUCUUGGAACUAGGUGGUUCAUUGGCCGUUAUUCUAUCCUUUCUACUAAUGGGUAUAUUGGCGUGGGUGGUAAUGCAAUCAAUCGCCGAGCUGCUCUGCAUCUGGCCGGUUCCCGGCGCUCUGGCCGUCUUCGUCCGUAAAUUUGUGGAUGAUGAACUCGGAAUUGUUGUAGGCAUCGCAUAUUGGUUCACAUACUCCGUUGCGUUUGCCUACUUAAUCUCAGCUACAGCUGCCGAGAUACACUUCUGGCUCGACAGUGCUGAAUUUGACGGGGUGGUAUUGUAUCUGAUCAUACCGCUGAUACUAAUUCUGAUCAACUCAUUCGGAGUUGAGCUAUAUGGAUGGUUCGAAGUAGCCACUGCUGUGGUCAAGCUCAGCUGCCUGGUUAUCAUUAUCAUUUCAAUGAUAGUGUUCGCUGCUCGGGGAACUCAUGAUCUUGCAAACUGGGAAAACCCUACUCAUUUUGACAACUGCGCAGCUCAUAAUUGGGUAACUGCUCUAUUCAUGUGUUUGUCAAUUGCGACAUUUGCAUAUGUUGGCAUUGAAACUCCAGCAGCCAUUGCCCUUGAGGCUAGGCCUCCGAAGAUGAAGUCUACUGGGUCCGGAGAAUCCCAGCAACUCAACUACACGGGAAACAUAGGAGACACCGUGCGUUUUUCUGCAAAAUGGAUCUCCGUAUUCGCUUGUUUCGCGUACACAUUAUGCGGUUUAUUACUUUCCCUCACUGUGGACGCCACUAACGAGAAGUUACCACGAGUUGAUUGGGUUGAUCAAAGCCAGGCCGCUGUCACUUCAGCUUUCGUUCUCGCCGCAGAACUUUCCCAUGCCCCUGGGGUAGCUAGUGCAUUCAAUGGUUUCCUCGUGCUCACUGCUUUAUCGUGUGCCAACACCAAUCUUUUUAUUGCUUCAAGAAUGCUAUUCGGUCUGAUCAAUCAGAUUGAGGGCGGUCCCGACGAGCGUUGGUAUCUGAAUGUCCUCGCUUGGCUUGGAAGGACGAAUAGUUACAGAGUUCCAAUUCGAGCAAUGGCCGUUUCCGCCCUUGCUUUUAUAUGGUUACCGUUCCUACAGCUUGCCCGCUCCUCUGCAGAAUCAAGUCAGGGUACGGAGACCAAUUCGUUUGAUGGAACAGCUGCGCCUGAAUGUCAAGGUGGAGGUGCUACAUCCGGAAUAACAUCAUUUAUCGAUAUCCUCGCCGAUAUGGGCAGUGUAGGUGUUCUGAUCGUUUGGGCUUGCGAAUGUUGGGCCUUUAUUCGGUAUUAUAACUGCAUCAAUCGACAUAAGGAUGAACUCAUGGAACGGAAGGUGCCGCGAGUUCGUCGAUUUGACGAAGGGGACGACAAUGAUUACCCAUACAUAAGUAAUGGGCAACCAUUCACGGCCUAUUUCGGACUGAUAGCAUGUUUGUUCGUUUUACUGGUAGUUAACGGCGCCGCACUGUGGAACGGGUUUUAUGUCGAGCCAUUCCUGUCUUCAUAUCUUAUUGUGAUCAUUUUCAUACUACUAUGGAUUCUGCUCAAGUAUUUUCGAGACGGCAGAUGGUCUCUCGUCGACCUCUCCGAUCCAAAUACAGUCGAAUCGAUUAUUCGUGGCUUGCAUCAAUUCAGCUUCUCUGGAUACCCGAACGAGUCCACGUCCAACACUGGGAGGAAUUCAUCCAUGUGGCCACUCUCCCUUUUAGCUAGAUCACCUCGGGAAGAUCGAUAACUACCAAUGGGGCUGAAAUCAGGCGGAAUGAUGAGGCAAUGGACAUAACCCCUGACUUGUACGUACAAGUGGUACCUAUGCCCAAAAUAGGUAGACUAAAAUACGAAGUACGAGCGCCAAGACAGCCCUACAGCAAUAUCAGGGUGGCACAUACAAGUGAAGAUCAUUAUUCAACUUUCGUCUCAAGAGCUUUGGUGUUUAGGGAACAUCUAUGUAUAUUGAUAAUUUUUGUUGGAACACCAAUAGCCUGCGUCUAUCUCAACACGUUUCAAAUUCUCGCAUUUUUACGAGAGCCUCUU